UACUCGUGUGUUAGCCAGUCACUGUUCAGUAGUCCUUGUCGGAACGAGGGCGUGUGUACGACGUAUAAAUUGUAAUGUAACUUGUUGCCGUCCAACCUUUUUUGGGUAUAUUUUCUAAUCAUGAAAAUGUCAGGAUCUACUACAAUUGAUAAUAUCCCAGGUUUAAGAUAUCUUACCUCGCAUUAAAGUCUUUUCGAAGUUAUUUUUUAUUUAUAAUGUAAUCGUCUUCUUAUAACAGCCAAAAUGUUGUUAUUUGCCUGUGGAUUUUUCGUCAUCUUCCUGAGCCAAACGGUUUUAGCAACAGGUAUACAUAUUUGGCCAGAUGUUCCAGAACUAACCUUAACUUCAGGAGCUGAUCUCACCUUAAAAUGUACAGGGGAUUUUCCUGUAAAAUGGAAUCAUACACAGUAUGAUCCAAAUUUAAAUUCAGAAGUAAGCUCUACAAUUACCAUUUCACAAGGAUUAGAAAAUAAUAGCUACAUAUCUUACUUAUCUCUAAGUAGAGCAAGUUAUUUAGAUACUGGAUAUUAUUACUGUGAUCCAGUAUCAGAAGAUUUAGAAACUGAUGAAGGAAUUUCUCAAAAUAUAUAUUUAUAUAUUCAACAUGAUUCUCAUUUACUAGCUGUUCCUGAAGAGUUAGUUGUAUUGUCUCAAGAUGAAUUUGGUAAUGUUAUUAUUCCUUGUCGACCAACAUCGCCAGAUGUUAAUGUAUCAUUAACUAAAGAUGAUGAAGAGUUGGUACCUGGUAAUAUGUAUGAUGGCAUGGAGCUACACUAUGACUCAAAAUAUGGAUAUUUACUCUAUUCAGUCACUAUGCUUAGUACUGGGCUCUAUCAGUGUCACGCCAAAUACUAUAACAAAGAAAGUUUUGCAUCCUAUCAUCUAUUAAUUAUGUCCAAAGUUGAUAAAGUGGUUAUGCCAAUAAUAAAUAGUAGUACUUCAAGUUCUGAACAUUUAAUUGUUGGUCAAGAACUUUAUUUAAACUGUUCAGUUAGUAUGGAUAUUGGUAUAUCAUUCACACUACAUUGGAGAGUUCCAGAUUCUCAAAAGAUUGAGAAUGGUCAUGUAGUUAUUGGAAAGGAAAAAUUCUUUAGUGGUGUUAAACAAGGAGUUACUAAAAGUUUUGGUAGUAGAUCACUCUUUAUUAAAAAUGUUACAACUGAAGAUGAAGGAAAAUAUACUUGUGAAGUUACUGUUCAUUCUGGUAGCAAAAAUAGUGCAGCAUAUACUCUAAAAGCCUAUACUCCUGAUGUAACUUAUUUGGACUUAGUUGUUCAGGGAGGUGUUUUUCAAAUUGUUCGACGGGCUGGUUUUCGUCGUGUUCAAUGGAUAGUUCAAGUUUCAGCUUAUCCAAAACCGACUCUUAUAUGGAGAGACCCAGAAGGCAAAGAAAUUGGAUUAAACCAAGACAAAAUAUAUGUUGAAAAUGAUAAAAUUACAUCAAAAUUAGUUAUCAAAGAUUUACAACUAUCUGAUUCAGGAAUUUAUGAGUUAACUGCUGAUAAUGAUGCUCAUAGAAAACAUAUUAAUGUAACUCUUCUAGUUGAAGAUAAACCAAUUGUAGAAAUAGUAAACAGUACAAUUUUCUAUGAAAUUGACCAAGUUCAUAUUGUAGAAUGUUUCAUUGCUGGAUAUCCUUUACCUAUAGUUGAAUGGAGUUUUAAAGAGUGUUCCAACUACCCUAGUUGUGAUGAAUCAUUUAUUCCAAUAACAAGGCAAAUGUACAGAGAAACAUCAAUGAAAGAAACUUUUCUUGUAUCUCAAGUUAAUAUUACAGCCAAAAAAACGGGAAUUUUAAUGUGCAAUGCUUCAAAUGAUUUUGGAAGUACUCAACAUGAUACUAUAUUCCUAGUGACUGAUGUUACUAGAGGUUUAUCAAUUAAAGGGCCACCUGUUGUAGUUGAAGGUGACAAUAUUACAGUUGAAUGUGGAGCUUCAAAGUAUAUGUAUGCUCAAAAUAUUAGCUGGGCUUUUAGAAGCCCUAGUAACAAUAUAGAAUUAAUUAGUUCAAAUAAAACACAAUUUAUCACACAAAAUGUCACCAAACAUUCAUAUCGUUCAUAUUUGUCAUUAAGACAAGUAAACAAUAUUUCUAAUGGAGAGUUUUUAUGUGUGAUUUCUGAAUUAGUAAACUUCAGUGUAGUUCAACUCUCAUACCCUAUAAAAGUAAACAUUGCUCAAGCACCAGUACUUUAUGAUUCUUCUAAUUUAAAUUCAAGUGAUUGGAAAGUUAAAACUGGUAAUCCAGUUCAAUGGGGAUGCUAUGUUAGUGGAAUGCCACAGCCAACAAUUAUGUGGUAUAAAAAUAACAGUCCUCUUCGUUUAAAAAAAAAUGAAAGUAGGGUUCUUUUGUUAGAUAAAAAUCAAACGCUUCUUAUACGCUUUACAGCACUUGAAGAUGAAGGAGUAUACAAGUGUAAUGCUUCAAAUAGAUUAGGAAGUGUAAUUUCAACUAACACUUUAACACUUAUAGAUAAACCUGUUGAACAUGAGCAUUUUGGUUUUAUCGUAGUUUGUGCAGCACUUGCCAUACUUGUUGGAGUUUUUAUGAUAUGUUUUGCCACGCAUUUAAAAAAAGAAAGAAAAUUGAAAAAAGAACUAGCUAUAGCAGGAUUGUUACAUUUUGAAAAUGGUGCUGUUGAAAGUUGGAAUCCUGAUUUGGGGAUAGAGGAACAAGCAGAACUAUUACCUUAUGACAAACGAUGGGAGUUUCCAAGAGAAAAAUUAAAACUAGGUAAACAAUUAGGAUCUGGUGCAUUUGGAAUUGUAUAUAAAGCUGAAGCAAUUGGCAUAAUUGAUGAUAAAACAAGUACUACAGUUGCUGUAAAAAUGGUUAAACCAAAUACUGAUCCAUCUUAUGUGAAAGCAUUGGCCUCUGAACUAAAAAUUAUGAUUCAUUUAGGUAGACAUUUAAACGUAGUUAACUUACUUGGUGCUUAUACAGGAAAUAUAAAUAAAAGGGAAUUAAUGGUAAUAGUUGAAUAUUGUCGUUUUGGAAAUAUACAUGAUUAUUUGCUAAAACAAAGAGAUUGUUUUGUAAAUCAAAUAACAUUAGAUGGUUACUUAGAUUUUAGUAUUAAAAAUAUAUCCAAAAAUCCAUAUUAUGUUAAUGUUCCAUCAAAGAAUAAUUCUCAUGGAAAAGUUGAUGAUAGCAGUACACAAAUUGGUUCUGAUGGUUAUUUAGUUCCCGAUGAGGUUGAACCUGAAUGGCGUUCCAAUUACCGAGGAGAUUACAAAAAUCUUAAUGUAAAGCCCAUUUGUACUCAUGAUCUGAUAUGUUGGUCAUUUCAAAUUUCUAGAGGCAUGGACUACCUUGCUAGUAGAAAAAUUCUUCAUGGUGAUUUAGCUACCAGAAAUGUUCUAUUAGCUGAAGAUAAUAUUGUAAAAAUUUGUGAUUUUGGAUUUGCAAAGACAAUGUACAAUAGUGAAAAUUACAAAAAAAAAUCUGCCAAAGAUUUAUUACCAGUUAAGUGGAUGGCUAUUGAAUCCCUUCGGGAUAGAGUUUUUUCCACACAAUCUGAUGUUUGGGCUUUUGGUAUUGUUCUGUGGGAAAUUUUUUCUCUAGCAGUUACACCUUACCCUAAAAUUCAACAAUUUGAAGUACUUUUCAAUAAAUUAGUGGAAGGAUACCGUAUGGAACAACCAGAAUAUGCUAACUCAGACAUUUACAAUAUUAUGUUGGAUUGUUGGAAAAUGAAUCCCUUAGCUAGACCGUCAUUUAAUAACUUAGCUCAAAGACUUGGUGAUUUACUUGAAGAUAGUACAAAAUCUCAUUAUAUGAAUUUAAAUGAAGUUUACUUAAGGAUGAAUACUGAAGGCGCCCCAUCAACUGACUAUUUGAGUAUGCUUACUGCACCUACAUAUUUAAACUAUACACCUGUAUCUGAAAAUAAUUCUCAAAAUGUAUCGGACCACUCUGAAACUAAAGAUGAUUUUGAAUUGAAACCUAUGCUUGAAAAUCCAGUAGAGUGUUCGGGGUAUGUUAACAUAACAAAGCCUACAUCUUUUUCUAACCCGCAUUAUAUUGUUGUGGACAAGUCUGACAAACGACCAUAUUUACAAUCAUCACAUCCAAGCCUUGUUUAAUUCAUUAAGAAAAGUCUGAUGGGAACAUCUACGAAUAUAUUGUGUUUGGAUUCAGUGUAAAAACAAAAUUAAGUAACAUUGUAGUAAAAAAUCUACAUUUGUUAUGAAGUAUUAGUGUAUACAUUUAAAACAAUUGAUUAUAAUACUGGUUAAAACUAGUCAUUGAGUAAUAGGUAAUGGUUAAUGUUUAGUAUUAUUAAAUAAUAAUUUAUUUAAAAACCUAAUAAUUACAUUUGAAUUAGAGUAUUAUAAUGUCAAUAAACUCUUAAAAAGUACUUGGACUGUUACUCAAAAUUUCAUUUUUUAUAUUUGAUCAAUCUCAUAUUGUAUAAAUUAAUUGUUAUUUUUCUAAGAAUAAUUAUUUAAGGGAUAAUAACUCAUUCCAUCCAUAAUUAUAGAAACUUUAUUAUAAGUUAUUAUUUUUCUGAUCACAAUGACUUAAUUAUAUUUAACUGACAUCAAAUUUAUUGAUU